CCUCAGGAACCUUUGAAAGAUGAUGGAGAAUAUGUGUAUUGCCUUACUCGGAGUAAUCCUAAAGUUCCCUACAAUCCAUAUGAUCUUCAGGCAGUCUCUGCUAACACAGCUAGACAUUGCAAAGAAUUCUGGAUUAUUACUGCUUCAUUUAUUUCAAAGGUAAUAUGUAAUAGAUUAGGUGAUACAGAAGAAAUAGAACUCUUGCCUAUUACGGAAUGGCUAAUGGAAAGAAAAUGUUACUAUUUAUUACAGACUUACAAGAUAUUUUUCAAUUUCCGAAUUAAUAAAGCGUUCGUUACCUGGAAAAUUAAUGUUAAAAGAAUUAAGACUGAGAAGAGCAGGUCGUUUUUGUGCCGCCAUCUUUUUUGGGCCGAUGAGUCGUUUCAAAGCUGUUUGCUUUAUAUUAGAGGACUUUGUGAAGAUGCAGUUAACCUCAAAAAAGAUAAUGGACUUGAAGAUAAUCCAUCUGCCAUAUACCUUGUAAAGCUGGAUAGAUCUCGUACAUAUUCUCUAGAUGAAUUUUGUGAAGAACAGUUGAAGCAAGCUGCCCUGGCAUUGAAACAACUUGAGGCGAUCAGGGAUAAAGCAAUUUCAAAGAUGAAAAGUACGAUUCUAAAGGUGGCAGAAAAGAAAGAUUUAAAAAAAUACUUUGAGUCAGACCGCUCUGAAUAUGGCACAACACAUUUCAAACUGCCUCAAUAUAGACGCUUAUUGGAAACAAUUUUCAGGUUUCUGUUGCUGGUUGACUGCAUAUUUCAGGAACUCAUCCGUCAACUUAUGAACACGGCAAUCAUACUACUUUUGAAUUUAUUUAAUGGGUCUGCUAUAAUGCCAUUUUCAGUGGAAGAAAAGAAUGAAGAUCUCAUCAGUGUUAAAGUGGAGACAGAUUUAAGAAAAAUAUAUGCACCAAUAUUUGAAGUACAUCUACGUUUGAGAAUUCCUGCUGAGAGUUAUGCUCCAGAAGAUUCUGAGGAGAACAUUUAUGAAUCUGACAAGCACCCUAGGAAAUCUGUGGUGUAUUUUGAAGAUGAAACAUCAGAUAAUGAUAGUGAGGAACUGCCUGCAAAAGUCGAUAAAACAAAAACAUUUAGUUACAACCUUGAAGGACGUCUCUUAGAGUUCCCUACAAAUCUCUUUAUAGUUCCCAACAGAUUGACGUUUUCAAUAAAAAUUCAAAAUAUGGUGACUAAUAUUGAAAAAUGUAUAACCACAAUUAUUCCUCUUUGCCAAGAUCCCCGCCUGUCUGUCUUUAUUGAUUUGACGUCAAUUAUGGAUUUACCUAAUAAGACAGAAAGUGUAAGAGAAGGUAAGAAGACCAGAUGGCCAGAUUGCCAGAUCCUUUUUGAAAUGGACCCUGUCUACCAAAAUAAGAUUGUGAAUCUUCUGACUGUUAUUGGUAAUUCAAUGAGCCUAGUUAAUUUGUACAGCUGCAAAUUUCUAAAGUAUUGUACCAUUGUACAAAAAGCCAAAACCAUGAGUAUGAAAAUGUCAUCUAUGAGAGGAGAAUUGACUUCAGCACAGUUUAAGAAAAUACUAGAUAAAUUCAGAAAGUAUCUUAGAUAUAUUGUGAAUAUGACCAUUGAGAAGCGCAUUGGUAUUUUCAAAGUUAUGAGCAUUGAUUAUCAGUCAGAAUGCUUAGUAUAUGUUGAUGAUGUCAUAAACAUGAGCCACACCCUCCUGCGAUCUGCAGUUCAACAAAAGAAUGCCAAUCUAUUGCAGGUUGUAGAAUCAUCAUUGAGAAAGCUAGAAUGUGAACCUACUGAAAUAGAAGAAUUUGUGGAACAUUUUACUUUCUUGGAUGAAAUUUCCACAAAAAUAUCUAAAUUAGAAAAAGAGUACUUAACAAUUGCUCAGCUGAAUGCAGUUGUAAAGUAUUACCAGAUCCAUAUUCCAGAAGAGCAAGUUGCCAUAUAUAAAAUCCUUCUUAUCAAGUUUAGUCAACUAAAAACAGUUGUGAAGUUAAGUGAAGCAAAUAAAGAUGCUACUUUUGGUAAAUUCAGAGAAAAUUUGGAAGCAUAUAUCACUGGUCUACGGGUUGAUGCUAUUAAUUUAAAGGAAAAGAUAAGAAGUCCUGUUCUAUUAUGUACUAGUACUCGAGUGUCAACAGCAGUGGAAAUGAUCCGGACUCUCUCAGAGGAAGCUGCAAGUUUAUCUAACAAAGCUAAAACAUAUGCAACUUACCAGGAUCGUUUCGAUGAUUCCCAAUCUCAUAUGCACUCUGUUAAUAUGGAGGAAAUUACACAGAUUGUGCUUUCAGAGAUGUCUGAAAUUGAAUGUGACUUAACUCUGAGAAAAUUAUUAUGGGAUGCACAAGAGGAAUGGGAGAAACUCUUUUGGGAAUGGAGAAAUAGUUCUCUUCAAAGUAUUGAUAUAGAAUUAGUACAGAGAAAUGUUUCAAAAUGGAUGCAAAUCAUCUUAGUACUAGAAAAAGGUUUACCUAAAAAUGAUAUGGUAACAUAUUUUAAGCAAUCAGUGACAAAUUUUAAACAAGAGCUGCCUAUCAUCAUGGCUCUGGGGAACCCCUGUCUCAAGCCAAGGCAUUGGGAGGCUCUUCAUGAGAUUAUUGGAAAGUCAGUUUCCCUUGAUAGAAACUGUACAGUAGAGAAUCUUCUAACACUCAAGAUGUUUCACUAUGAAGAGGAAAUAAAUGAAAUAUCAACUGCAGCUACUAAUGAAGCUGCUCUUGAAAAGAAGUUAUUUAAGAUUAUUGAUCUUUGGAACACUACUCCUUUGCAUUUGGUUCUUCAUCACACAGAGGCUUGCUCUAUCCUAAUAAUUUCUUCUGUAGAUGAUAUAUUAGCUCAGUUAGAAGAGUCUCAAGUCAUACUUGCAACAGUUAAAGGAUCUUCCUAUCUUGGGCCUAUUAAGGAUCUUGUGGAUGAAUGGGAUCAAAACUUGGCGAUCUUCUCUUACACUCUUGAGGAAUGGAUGAAUUGUCAAAGAAAUUUGCUUUAUCUUGAACCAAUCUUUCAUUCUUUAGAAAUACAAAGGCAGCUUCCAGCAGAAACAAAGCUUUUCUCUAAGGUGAUUUCCAUGUGGAAAGAUGUAAUGUCAAAAAUACAAAACAAACUGGAUGCUUUGCAAAUAACCACCUCUGCAGGAAUCCUUGAAAUUCUGAAAAAUUGUAACAUAUAUCUUGAAAAAAUAAAGAAAAGUCUUGAGGACUACCUUGAGAUUAAAAGAAUGAUUUUUCCAAGAUUUUAUUUUCUUAGCAACGCUGAACUUCUUGACAUUCUAGCUUAUAGUAAAAAUCCUGAAUCUGUACAGCGUCAUCUUGUGAAGUGUUUUGAAAAUGUAAGACAGUUGAUGAUAUGCAAACAAGAAAUUGGCCCCCCUGCUGUAACGAUGCUCGUAUCUGCUGAAGGAGAAAGUCUUGUGCUGCCAAAGAAAAUUCGAGUAAGAAGUGCUGUAGAACAGUGGCUGGUAAAUGUAGAGAAAAGCAUGUUUGAUUUGUUAAAAAAGAAUAAUCAUAUUUAUAUUUUAUCUUUUCAGAGCCAGAUCAUGUUUUAUAAUGAUUGUGUCAAAAGUUUUGUGGGUUCUCAUUCAAAAGAAGAUUUGGAAAAAGUCCAUGUUGGUGUGAUAGGUCGUCUAGAAGAGGUGGUAGAUCUGGUAGUGCUGAAUACUAAUAACUCUCGAACAAAAACUGUAUUAGGGGCAUUGCUUACCCUUUAUGUUCACUGUAGAGAUAUAGUGAGAGAUUUACUACUGAAAAAUAUCUUCAAUGCAGAAGAUUUUGAGUGGACAAGACAUCUGCAAUAUAAAUGGAAUGAAAGACAAAAGUUGUGCUAUGUAUCUCAAGGCAAUGCCAGUUUUACUUACGGCUAUGAGUACCUGGGCUGUUCCUCGAGACUGGUUGUUACACCUCUCACAGACCGAUGCUGGUUAACUCUCACUGGAGCGCUCCACUGGAAUCUAGGAGGCUGCCCUGCUGGUCCAGCUGGUACAGGAAAAACCGAGACCAUCAGAGAUCUAGCAAAAUCCUUAGGCAAACAUUGUGUGGUCUUCAACUGUUUUGAGGAUUUGGAUUACAAGAUAAUAGGAAAAUUCUUGUUUGGACUAGUUCAGUCAGGAGCGUGGUGUUGUUUUGACGAAUUCAAUCAAAUUGAUGUGGAAGUGCUCUCUGUUAUUGCCUCACAAAUCUUAACAAUUAAGGAAGCGAAAGACAGCUAUUCUGUCAGGUUUGUCCUGGAAGGAAAAGAAAUUCGUAUCAAUAUGUCUUGUGCAAUAUUUAUCACCAUGAAUCCUGGAUACAAAGGUCGAGUAGAACUCCCAGAUAACUUAAAAUCUCUGUUUCGCCCAGUGGCAAUGAUGGUGCCGCAUUAUCAAAUGAUUGCUGAAAUAAUACUGUUUUCAGAUGGUUUCAAAUCUUCGAAAACACUCUCUGGAAAGCUAGCUAACCUUUACGAAUUAGGUAGCAAACAGCUCUCACCACAGGAUCACUAUGAUUUUAGCAUGAGGUCCCUGAAGACGGUGUUAGUAAUGGCUGGAAAGAAGAAACGGGAAUUUAAAUGUCUUUCUGAAACAGAUGAAACUCUGAUCAUUAUCCAGGCUAUAAGAGAAGCUAGUUUACCAAAAUUUCUUCCUGGUGAUGUCCCACUUUUUGAAAAGAUUAUAGGAGAUAUUUUUCCUGGAGCUACAGUUCCUAAUGUAAAUCAACUUGCCUUGGAGAAAGCUGUAUUUAUUGCAACACUACACUUAGGCUUACAACAUUGUCCAGCUCAAAAAGAGAAGAUCAUACAGUUUCAUAAUCAACUUCAGGCUUCUGUUGGUGUGAUGUUAUUGGGCCCAACAGGUGGAGGAAAGACAACAGUCAGAAGAAUUUUAGAGAAAGCUUUAAUAUUUUUACCAGUCAUAGAUAUCUUAUAUGAAGAAAGGCAAUCUGUUUCAAAGAUUCCAGGAAGAAAAGGAAAAGUAGAUAUUUGUGUUUUAAAUCCAAAGUGUAUCACUCUUGGUGAACUAUAUGGGCAAUUGAAUCCUAAUACAAUGGAGUGGACUGAUGGGUUAUUAUCAGCAACAAUUAGAAAUUAUGUACAUUUUAACAGGAAAGGGCGCUCAAAAAAAGACAUGGAUCUUGGAUUAAAGUCAAGAAUCUCAGAUUUAUCUAAUGUUUUCAAACUUGAUUCCUCUGAUGCAGCAGAUAUUGAUGGUAAUAUUUUUGAGAAGGAGGUGGAUAAAGAUGUUAAAACUCCAGAAAAUCAGAACUUUGAUUGGCAGUGGAUUAUUUUAGAUGGCCCAGUGGAUACUUUGUGGGUGGAAAAUCUAAACUCCGUGCUAGAUGACACUAGAACAUUGUGCCUAGCAAACAGUGAGAGAAUAGCUUUAACUAAUAACAUAAGAAUGAUUUUUGAAGUAGAUGUCCUCUCUCAGGCCAGUCCUGCCACUGUCAGUCGAUGUGCAAUGGUGUAUAUGGAUCCUGUUAAUCUGGGAUGGGAGCCCUAUGUUAAAUCAUGGCUUUUGAAAACUUCAAAAAUUCUGAGUCAAACAGGAGUGGAUUGUCUUGAAUUCAUGAUUAAAAAAAGUGUCACAGAUGGACUACAAUUUCUAAAGAAGCAUCAGAAAUUUCAGCCAUUUCCUGUACAGGAUAUAACAAUCAUCACAACUCUCUGUAGAAUUCUUGAUGCUUUCUUUGAAUUCAUGAGUAAAAAUGGAGGCUUUGGACAAAGUGAUGAUUUGAAAGACACUUCAACCAUGGAGACAAAUUCUUCAAAAUCAAAAGCGUCUGUCAAAUUCAAGACUAUUGCAAAGAGGGCUAAAAGUACAUGGUAUUUGGAGAAAAAUCCUGAUAGAUUAACAACAAUGAUUCAAAAGCUUUUUGUGUUUGCAUUUACUUGGGCAUUUGGAGGAACUUUAAGACGUGAAGAUGAACAUGAAGAUGAUAUACUAUUUUGCUCAAGUUUUGAACCUGAUUCUCUUGCAAAAGUAACCUAUGACUUUGACAACCUUGUUCGUGAAUUAUUUGAAAGCAAUUCACAAGGAGGCAUCCAACUACCUACUGGUGAACGUUCUAUCUUUGGGUAUUUUGUGGAUAUACAGCAAUGUGAAUUCAUACCUUGGUCAGAAUUAGUUCCUGGUGCUCAGGCACUAGUUCAAAGAGGAACUUCCUUACUUACUGAUUUUCAAGGAUCCAAUGAAAACCUCUUAAAGAUAACAGAAUGUGGAGAGUACAUUAAUCAUACUGCUACCAGAGAUACAACAUGCCUUUCUUUCCUCAUAAGCCUUCUUUUAAAGAAUUCCUGCCCUGUACUUCUCACAGGAGAGCCUGGUGUUGGGAAAACCAGUGCCAUUAACCAAAUGCUUGAAAAGUUAGAGGGACCAGGAGCAUUUGAUGUAAAAUAUGGGUCAAUUUUGGGAGAAGUCCUAUUAUAUAACGAAAUUAAAAAAUCAAGGUUCCUGAAGCAGAAUAUCAGCAUCUUGAUUUCUGAAACUAAUAAAACAGCAACUGGAGAUUCGGAUAAGACUACUAAAACAUCAGAAGUUAGGACUGAUGACAGUUCAUUUAAAAAUACUGAUAAAGGGAUUAUAGUCUCCACAAUAAAUUUUAGCACCAAUACGACAGCUGCCAAGACCAAGGGGAUGAUUCUGAAGAAGUUAACAAGAAGAACUAAAGACACUCUUGGAGCGCCAAAGAACAGCAGGAUUGUAGUAUUUAUUGAUGAUCUGAAUAUGCCUGUAUCAGAGCUAUAUGGAGCACAACCACCUCUGGAAUUGAUCAGACAAUUAUUAGAUAUGGGAGGGAUUUACGACACUGAAAAAAUUACAUGGAAGAAUAUUCAAGAUCUCUCUCUGGUUGCAGCUUGUGUUCCUCCAGGUGGGGGGAGGGAUAUUAACCCGCGUCUCCUCAAACAUUUUUCCAUACUGGUGUUGCCUCAUCCUCCACAAAGUGCCUUAAAUACUAUUUUCCAGGCUCAUUUGGGAAUGUAUUUCUCUGUAAAUAACUUCACAGCCGAUGUUCAGAAAAUUAAGGAUCAACUGAUAUGUUGUUCCCUAGCUAUAUACUAUCAAGUACAUCAGAACAUGUUACCGACUCCAACCAAGUGUCACUACAUGUUUAAUCUUCGAGAUAUGUUUAAGCUUCUUCUAGGAUUGCUGCAAGCUGACAAGGCUGUUAUUAACUCUAAAGAAAUGGCUGCUCUGCUCUUUGUUCAUGAAGCCGCCCGAGUGUUUCAUGAUCGCUUAAUUGAACCCAUGGAAAAAGGACUUUUCUAUCAAAUUCUUUCAAAGGAGCUUGAGAACUAUUUUCAGAUUGGAAUAGAUGGAUGUGGAAAAGAAACUUGUACAACUUUGGCCUGUUAUUUGACAGAAUACAAACUAUACCAAGUGCCUGUAUCUCACAAUUAUGCCUACCUAGAAUUCAAAGAAGACUUUAAAAAAGUGUUCAUUCAAACAGGAUUAGAAGGAAACCCCACUGUUUUGAUGGUUGCUCAUUUAAAUCUAGAUCAAGAGAGAUUUUUGGAAGAUUUGAACUGCAUUUUCAAUUCAGGAAAAAUACCUGACUUGUUUGAAAAUGAGGAGCUGGACUCUAUUGCACAAAGGAUUAGAUAUCUUGCUGAACAGGCUGGUUAUACGGAUAAUGAUAGGGAAUCUUUACUUUCAUUCUUCCAAAAGGUACUUUUUUGUAGAUGGACUUUAUUAAAUUGUGAUGUUGAAUUAAAAGUGUAUUACAUUAAUAAUUCUGUACAUGAGUUUCAAGUUGGAUAUCAUUUCUUUAGGUCUUUAAAUCAGUUCGUAAGACUAAAAAAUGACCACUACCCCUACGACCUUUCUGUACAUCUCAGAAAUGAUAACCUAUUUCAAGUUACUCAUUAUGUUCAAUUUUCUCCUUUUUUAAUGUAUAUUUGGAUUGCUUUAUCUUAAUUCUUAAAAAAAAAAAUUUUUUUUUAGAAUUUAAAAGAAAAACUUGCCCCAGCAUGUGUCCAAAUCCACAAAAGUAUAACAGAUUUGAGCACAAAAUUCUUUCAAGAAACUAGAAGGCAUUAUUAUAUCACUCCCAGGAGCUACUUGCAAUUCAUGGAUACGUUUGCAUACAUUUUGAAGUCACGAGAGAAAGAGAUGCAAAUGAAGAGGAAUCGUUUUCAUACGGGUUUGUCGAAGAUUCUGGAAGCAACCGCACUAGUUACAGAUAUGCAAGAGGAGCUCUUGAUUCUUGGUCCUCAGAUAGAACAAAAAACAAAGGAAACAGAAAUCCUAAUGGAAAAAUUACAGAAAGAAUCACAAGUAGUUGAGAAAGUUCAGAUGCUUGUUAAACAGGAUGAAGAAAUUGUGGCAGAAGAAGUAAGAAUUGUGGAAGAAUAUGCUCAGAAAACUACCAAUGAACUUAAAAGUGUACUACCAGCUUUUGACAAGGCAAUCGUGGCUCUAAAUGCUCUGGACAAAGCCGAUGUUGCUGAAUUAAGAGUAUACACAAGGCCUCCCUUCCUUGUACUGACUGUCAUGAAUGCAGUUUGUAUUCUUCUGCAAAAGAAACCUAACUGGACGACAGCAAAGUUACUUCUUUCAGAAACAGGUUUCCUUAAAAAAUUGAUUAACCUUGACAAGGACAGCAUACCUGAGAAGGCUUUCAUGAAGCUGAAAAAAAUUUUAAGCUUACCUGAUUUCAACCCAAACAAGAUUGCUCUAGUUUCUGUUGCUUGUUGCUCUAUGUGCCAGUGGGUUAUAGCUUUGAAUAACUACCACGAAGUACAGAAGGUGAUGGGCCCUAAACAAAUCCAAGUAGCUGAAGCUCAGAAUGUCCUUAAAAUCGCACGACAAAGGUUGGCUGAGAAACAAAGAGGUUUACAGAUGAUUGAAGAACAUCUGCUGUCUUUGCAAGCAACCUACAAAGAUGCUGUUGCUGAAAAAGAACUAUUAGCAAAUCGGAGAAGACUAGCCACCAAGCGCUUGCAGUGUGCAUCUAUCUUACUAACUGCCCUGGACGAUGAAAAGAUUCGAUGGCAAGAAACAAUCAAUCAAACAGACAAGAAAUUGAGAGGAAUCUUGGGUGACAUACUGAUUUCAGCAGCAUGCAUUGUCUACAGUGGAGUGUUAACAGCAGAAUUUCGCCAGCUGAUUGUGAAUAAAUGGCAGAAUAUAUGCGCUGAAAGCAACAUUUCUUUGUCUUCAAACUUUUCAUUAAUUCAAGUCAUGGCACAAAAGAAUGAGAUCCGCCAAUGGCAUAAUCAGGGGCUGCCUCUUGGUAACUAUUCAGCAGAGAAUGCCAUCUUGAUCAAGAACGGCCGGCAGUGGCCUCUGCUUAUCGACCCACAUAAGCAAGCACACAACUGGAUCCGUCAGAUGGAAGGGUCCAGACUGCAGGAGCUCUCCAUCGAGGACAGCAAUUACACCAAAAAAAUUGAAAAUGCUAUGAAGACAGGAGGGAGUGUCCUCUUGCAGAAUCUGCCUGAAACAUUAGCUCCAAGUUUAAAGGUGAUUUUGAAAAAGGAUAUCUAUAAGAAAAGAGGACAAUAUUUCAUAAGGAUUGAUGAUUCUGAGACCGAAUACAAUUCCAAAUUUAGGUUAUACAUAUCUACGGAAAUAGCCAACCCUCAUUUUCUUCCAUCAGUUCAUAACUUUGUUACUAUGAUCAACUUCACGGUAACAUUCCAAGGUUUACAAGAUCAACUCUUAUCUACUGUGGUAAUGCAUGAAGUCCCUCAUUUAGAAAAUCAACGUUUCCAACUGUUGGAGAGUAUUUCCCUUGAUGCUAUAACUCUUGAAGAACUGGAGGAAAAAACAUUAAGUUUACUGCAGAAAACACAAGGAUGCAUAUUAGAUGAUGAAGAUAUCAUAGCCACCUUAAAAAAAUCCAAAAUGACUUCAAGUGAAAUCUCAAAGCGCAUCAAAGCAACAGAAAAAGCAGAGUGUGACAUUCAAGCGACGCGUAAAAGCUACCUUCCCAUAGCUACGCAAGGUGCUCUGCUCUACUUCCUCGUAGCUGAACUUAAACGAGUCAACUACAUGUACCAGUUUUCCCUGGACUGGUUUCGUCGGGUGUUUGUUUUAUCGGUAAUUUCCAAAAGCAAAGAACAAGAACACUUUAAAUCAGCUUCGAGUUUGAAAAAGGAGGAAAAAGUUCAUAAAGUUACAAAUCUCUCAAAAAAACCUGACUUGGAAAGUGAGAAAAACUCCUUGAGCAAGCAUAUUAAAAAUGCAAUAGAGGUGUUGACAGGAAAUAUUUUUAAGGUGGUUUCUUCAGCUCUAUUUAAUCAACAUAAACUUUGCUUCUCCUUUCGGCUUUGCACUGCAAUCAUGCAAAGUAAUGCUAGUGAAAAUCUAAUGUAUAAUGACAUUGGGUCCUUAUCAGAUGAAGAAUGGAAUAUCUUCUUAAAUUCUGGCAUGUUGAUAAAUAUUAAAGGUGUGAUGCCCCAGCCUAAAAUUAAUAGCAUAUUUGAAAGAUGUAAAAAUCAGCAUCUUCAGUGGCUGUCGGAAUCCAGGUGGAAGCAGUGCCAAUAUGUCAGCAGUCAGCUGGAACCGUUUUCACUCCUGUGUAAAUCCCUCCUAUCAAAUAAAUCACAGUGGGAUGCUUUUAACAACAGUAAGGCUGUAGAUUUUCUGAUGAGCAUACCCUUCCAAGCAGCAAAGCCUUCACUGGAGAAAAGUACUAAGGACAAUGAAGUAGCUAAACUUUUGAAUGAAGAUGAAGAAAUGUGUAGUCCUAUAAAUUUUCCCUGGGAGAAACUCACUUCAUUUCAAAGACUUAUUUUGUCCACCAUUCCGUGGCGGGCGCUUCGUUACCUGAUUGGAGAAGUGAUUUACGGAGGCCGGGUGACUGAUAACUGUGACAAGGAAUGCUUAAAGACACUUCUCUACAAAUUUUGUAAUCCUGAAGUGCUAAAAGAUGACUUCAGUUUCUCUAGUGUUGAGGACAGGAAAAGUCAAGAGCAGAGUAAUGAUAAGCUAGUGAUGGAAAUUUUAACUGACAUGCUGAAGCGGUUGCCACUGACCGUAGAGAAAGAAGAAAGUUCUGGAACGACAAACACAUUAAAGAGCAUGAUGUCAAGUACCAUUUGGAAGUCUCUUAAUAAAAAUGUCAAAGGCUAUGAUCCUCUUAUCCAUUGUGUCUUGCUAACCUUUUUGAGCCAAGAAAUUGAACGCUUUGAUAAGUUAUUAUCUGUCAUUCAUAAAUCUUUGAAAAGUCUUCAACUUGCUAUAAAAGGAGAGAUCAUCCUCACUGAAGAACUGGAGGAUAUAUAUGACUCUUUUCUUAAAACGAGAGUGCCUACACUGUGGCAGAAAUGCUCCUACAAGUCUUGUAAAACCCUGAGUCCCUGGGUUAAUGAUCUCAUCCAGCGAUUGAAUUUCUUCAAUACCUGGGCCAAAAUGGCUUACACUGCAAUACAUCGUCGGUAUAUGAGAGUUCUCACAGCUUGGAAGCAGUCUAGUCCGUCAGUUAGCCAAAAAUCCACACACCCUGCUCAAAAUGAUUUCUUUGAAGGAUUUCCUGCAAAAUACUGGCUCCCAGCCUUCUUCUUUCCAGAAGGCUUUCUUAUCGCUGUACUUCAAGACUAUGGAAGAUCCCGAGGGAUCGCUACAGACGCCCUCACGUUUACCCACCGAGUGAUUUCUGACACCACUGACACAGAAGACGAGGAGUUCUCCAGAAUUAUCCAAAGGAAACUCAACAUAGUCAGGAAGGCCUUUAAGGGCACAGACCUAUCACACACCGGAGUUCACGUUUUUGGUUUGUUCAUCGAUGGGGCAAGAUGGAAUCAUCAACAACAAAUAUUAGACGACUCACUGCCUCUUGAGAUUUGUUGCGAUUUUCCUGAAAUCUACUUUUUGCCAACAAAGAUUUCUACUGAAAAACCAGAGGUUUCUAACCAGACAGACUCGGACCUUUAUACUCUUGAAUGCCCUAUUUACCAGACCCCUCAAAGGUCAAGAAUCGUGACGACGACCAGUUUAUCCACAAGCUUCUUAACAUCCGUGCGUUUGCCGACACAAAAACCUCCCAGUCACUGGAUCAAAAUGCGGGUUGCACUGCUGUGUGAGAUGAAAGAAUGAAAAAUAAAUGUCAAUCCUAAACCAUUUUCUCUUUUGACGCUCAUCAAUCAGAUUUACAUGUUCCAAGACACUGACAUGUACUAAACACUCUUCAUAAAACACUCGUGUUCAACCAGAUGGAACAGCAUACUUUCUUUCAUCCAUCUGCAAGUGAAAACUUCAACAUGUGAGGGAAUUUUCCAGCUGUUUAUUUCCAACCACAUAAAACCUGGUAUGCAGUAUCUGUAUAGUUGGGUUCUAGUACAGGUCAGCAUUACCUGGAAUGCAGGUUUGACUUUUCUGAAAGUAAAAACCACAGUACCUGGCAUGGUAUCAAGGAGUGUUUGUAUAAGAACUUCUGACUUCUGCACUGUUGUAUACAAUAAAAUACACACACGCAAAGUAGCUGUUUGCAAUACUUUCCCCUGCUGCUUAGUCAACACAAGACACUGUACUGCUGGCCUAAAGGCAGACUUCUGAGACAAAGGAGAGGGACCAUCUUCUAUUUAAAACACGCAAGACAGAGCAUAUGUCUUGUUCUGACUUCACUAGACCAGUCUUCCCACUAAAAAACAAAUCCUGAGGACUCAGUGGAUUAGAUUAAUAUCAAAUGUACUUCUUUAGGCAAAAUUUUAUUAAUUUUACUCUAUUAAUAAUAGCUUCCAUGACUGAACAAAUGAUUCUAGAAAAUAAGGGGGUAGCGGAGGGGCAGGGAAUGGCGAUCUAAGAGCUCCUGUCUGGGUCCCUGUGCCCCCCAGAGUUCCCGGCAAGAAUAAUGAGGCUCCAUCCAAGCAACAUCUUUUUAUUUUCAACUUUAUUGCAAGCUUAAAACUUCAUUAUAAAACUUCUACUUGUCAAAUAAACAUGUCAAAAACAAAACUGACAACAAAUCGCAGCUGCUAUCACUGUGUUGGUAACACGUCUUCUCAUCACCAGGGAAAGAAACAUGCCCUUCCUCCCCGCAAGUUUCCGUGGUGAAUCUAGUGCCGCGACACCAUCCUUCU